UAAAUCCCUAUCUUCCUGCAACAUAUAUAUAUAUCCAGACAAUACAUCCAGCUAACUCGAGCGCCGCUGAACACGGUUCUACUCCUCUUUGUUGUUCUUCUACUUUAGUUUCUCAAUCAGUGUUUGAUUUUAUUUUCGGAUAGGUUUUCAUAUAGAUGCGAAGGCGACCCAAAGAAUAAUCUACUCUUGUGCAUUAAUGGCGGUUUCCUAUUCGCACUGUCUUCAAUCUCUGAGGGUUACUCCCAGAACUCGCCUCUUUGUUUCUAAUGUUGAUUGCUGGAGAGACAACCGCAUUAUGAAGUCCUACUCUCCGGUUUCUGCUUCCUCCAAGAAACCCCACCAAGAUCUUUCCCUUGAAGCUAAGGUUGAAACAUUGUUAGACAGUGUGAAGUGGGAUGACAAAGGUUUGGCAGUGGCAAUAGCCCAAAAUGUCGACACAGGAGCAGUUUUAAUGCAAGGCUUUGUAAACAGGGAUGCACUAGCUACAACCAUUUCCUCUCAGAAAGCAACAUUCUACAGCCGGUCGAGGUCAAAGUUGUGGACAAAGGGGGAGACGUCAUUGAAUUUCAUUAAUAUUCAUGACAUUUUUCUUGAUUGUGAUCGCGAUUCGAUAAUAUACCUUGGGAAGCCUGACGGGCCUACUUGCCACACUGGAUCUGAAACUUGCUAUUAUUCAUCAGUAUUUGAUUUGUUAAAAAAUCCUCAGGGUGAAGAGAAUAACAAUUUGGCAUUAACGGCAUUGUACUCUUUAGAAUCCACAAUUUCCCAGCGAAAAGCUGAAGUAGCAUCCCCACAAAAUGGAAAACCUUCAUGGACAAAACGACUGCUACUUGAUGACAAGUUGCUGUGCUCAAAAAUUCGGGAAGAGGCAGAUGAGUUGUGUCGAACGCAUGAGGAAAAUGAGGAUAAGUCGCGAACUGCCUCAGAGAUGGCUGAUGUACUCUAUCAUACCAUGGUCCUGCUGUCACUGAAAGAUGUAAAAAUGGAAGAGGUUCUCCAAGUCCUCAGACACAGAUUUUCUCAAUCAGGUAUUGAGGAAAAGAAAAGCCGGGCCACACAAGGUUAAGCUGGGGACUUAUUGUAUGCCAAGUCUGUUCAUGCCACCACCAUAUUGCAUCAUUGCUGCAUGUCAACUGCUGAUACCCAAGUAGUUAUUAUAUACAAGAAAUUAACAGACCAUUUGGCUCAUGUGUUUCUAACCACAUGUUGAAUCUCCGAGCUGAACUGCUGUACCCAUAUGACAAGCCUGGCUGUUUAUUGCAUGGUUCCUAAAUUUAUGUGGCAAAAAGUCAAUGCUGUAUAUAUCAAUUUAACCUAUUCUGGGUUUGUUCAAUUUAUUUGAAUUGUCAUAUUCUACUUGAA